AUGGCGGCCGAACGCUCUCUGGGCGGUGAUGACCACGAGGUUCAAAUGACAGGUGUUCGCUCCGAUUCGAGCUGCUCAGCCAGUUCCACUCCCCACUCCAUCCUUUCAUCAGCCGAUUGGGUACUCGUCGAACACGGCCUCAGCCAAUCUGGUGAUGAUGAAAGCCUUGUGGAGAUAUUCACCACAAUCUUGGCUGAAAAUUUCCAGAGUCCGGAAGAAGGGUUUACUCAUGUUGGGACGCAUGACAACAAUAACCCUGGUUCUGGAGCAGGCUCAAGGUCGAUUUCAUCCCAGACGGGUGAACAGAAUACACGUGGCCAAGCUACGAAGAGGAAAAGGAACAGUCGUGAAGGGGACGAUGGAGCGGACCAGAAACUCAAGAAGCGCCGAGGGCCCCGACGAAGUGAUGGUCCAUCCAAGACGGACGAGAGGCUCUUGGCCUGCCCUUUCUUCAAGAAAGACAGAGAAAGACAUGGCGAAUGCCGCAAGUUCGGAGGCACCAAGAUCAGCUAUGUCAAAGACCACAUCUACAAGAGCCAUUAUUGGCACUGUGCUGUUUGCAAGCUGUACUUCCGAACCGAGGAAGCCAGAUCACAGCACCUCCGUCUCCAGGCGUGUCGACCUAACUCGACCCGACAGCUGGACGGCAUCACGGAGGGUCAGAGGGACUGGCUGGGUAGGAAACUGCCGACCGGGACUAAAGAAGAGGAGCGCUGGUAUCUAGUCUGGGACAAGCUGUUCCCUGAACUCCGAGAACAGAGGCCAAGCAAUCCAUGGAAGGAGGACAUCACGCAUCCCGAAAUUCGAGAGAUGUUCCAUCGAGAGCUACACAGAUUCCCCGGGCUGGCUGCAACUCUGGAGAACAACCAGGAGUUUGACCACUACCUCGAUGUUGCCCUGCGUCGACUCCGUCUGCACCUACCAAGCCUUGCAGUGUUUGCAGAAUCAAGUCGGGCUGGCGAGGUUAGUACUAGCCGUGGCAGCCAAGAGGUUCAGACAGAGGGUCAAACUCAGCCAGGCCUGGGUGUGCCUCGGUAUCUGGAAUUGGAUGCCGGCGAUGGCAGCUCGAACUGGUACGACACGUUGCCAGAGCCCGGUCUCGCGCAUCAGUCUCCAGCUGUUUUUGAGAUUACGGCAGGUCUCGCCAGUGAUACUGAGGACUGGCUACGCGGAAUCGGAUCGAGCGGUCGAGAGGCGGAUGAACCAGGUUUCAACCAGGAGUUCUUUAACGACAUCGACAUACUUUUACUGCCAACUCAAUCUGGAGUGGACGAAGCCUCAGUCGGAUAUCAGGAUACCAAUGCCGCGGAAGCUGGUGUCGAUGGCUAUCAAGAUGCGAGCUUUGGCCAGGAAUUGGGGACGCAGGGAGGAAUUCUUGCUAUGACAGAUCAGACCCACCCAGAUGUUUUUGCAGACCUGGACGCCAACUUGCCCAGCCUCAACCAUCCUUUCGAUAUGACGGAUCCCUCGGGCAUUGAGCAAAGUAUAGGAGAAGCAGCUGAUAUGGACUCUCGCUUGAACAGCCUGGGCUGGAGUUGGGAAGACUUGGACAACACAGCGACAUUCACCAUGUUCCUAGACGAGGUCGACUGA